AUGUUUUGGCAUAUUGCUCCCGCUGCUCUCCCUCGUCGUCUCAGUGGCCUGUCCACUCUCGCUGACUCGCUAAUUUCCGACGAUCUUCUCCGGAGUUCGUUAAUCUUGACCACCUUCUGUGGGCGAUUACUCCUCAGAUUCUUCGGCUUGUUGAUUUCUCUCAUCCUCUCACAAUCACAGCAGCACAUCUCACCAUCUCACAGUGCCAGCAAUGCAGCAUCAACAUCCAACAGCAAGCUGCAACUGCCAUUGUGUUGGAGAAUUAAAGUAGCUGGAAUCGAGCUUGUAGUGGAGAUGCAGAAGCUUGAAUUGAACCCGAAUCAGCUGUACAAUAAAUCGAAGAAAAUGAGAAGAGGUCCCUUUUUGAAGAACUCAGUUGCUUUUGUUUGUGUAGUGAUCUCCAUUUCUUGUCUUUUGGUUAUAUUUAUUUCGGUGCUUAGACUUCCAGAAGUAGGUGUGUCAAUGAGAAAAGGAGGAGGUGCAAUAGGUUCAUUUAGGCCCAGGAUAGGGAAGUUUGGAGAAAUGAUUAUUGAAAUGUUGCCUGAAGAUCUUGCAUUUACAAUUUUCCUUCCUUCAGAGAAAGCAUUUGAGCGUGAUUUGAGUUUAAGGGUGAAUGGUAGUUUUACGGCUGAGAAAGUGAAUGAUACAUACGCAAUACUUACUCGCAUAUUGGGUUUCUCAACUGUGCCUCGGGCAAUUACUUCAGUUACAGUACCAUUUGGUAAGGAGCUCAGUUAUGAUUCAUUAUCGGGAUUUAAUUUAUACAUACACAAGGACUUAGAUGGAAUGCUGGUGGUUAAUAGAGUUCGAUCAGAAGGGGUUGAUCUCAAGAGGAGGAAGAUUGUUGUACAUAUUAUGAAUGGGGUUAUCAUGGAUAAGGAGUUUGAGCAAUCUGUUCAGCCUGACAACAAUAACGAAGAAUGAUGGCAGAAAUAGCAUAUAAAACUUUUCGGAAAUUAGAUUUCAGUUGUAGUUGUGUCAAACUUGUGCUAUCAUCCAUGCUACCCCUAACAACCAGUUGCAACAUACAGAAAAAAAAUCUGUUGCAACUUGAGGUACAUUGGUGAUGUUCGUUUAACUUCUGAAGAUAUUGUGCUAAAAAUCUUCUCGUCCCAACUGCCAAAGUUAGGUAAUCAUCAAGAGAUUGAUAUGAUAUGUCAAUUGUUUGUAAGUUCUCAAUAAUGUCAAAAGGACUAGAAAAUUGAAAGAAACAAAAAGGAAAGCGAUUGAAAGUCUUUUCUGUUCUUUCUUUGGGUGCUGAUUGAACCAAGAGGCCAGUGUAUCUGCUGUUGUAAAAUGGUCCAAGCAUGCCUACGACAGCUAAUCUGUGUAGAUAGCAGCAACUCAGCUUAAAUGCAAGGCAUUUUUACUAGCAGCGUGGUUGUGUUCCCAAAACAGUCUCUUUGUCUCUCUACUUGUUAUGUCUAUUAUCUCUAUCAACAUGUUUAUGAUGUUAUUUGACCGUAUUGGAUAUGAUAACAUGUGCUUCCACCUUUUUAUUGGGUGGUAGCCUUUUUUCACCAUUGAUGCCACGGUUUUAUUCUAUGUAUACUCCUUUUGACUCUUUAUCUCUCUGUAUUUGUAUAUGUACUAGUUUUGGAAUGAAA